AUGCUAGAGAGCAGAGAUGUGUCUGAGGAAGACAACGAAAAUGAGGAAAGUUUAGAUGUGGAUGAUGAAGGUUUAGAAGGGGAUGAGGAAACUGAGGAAAGGAACUUAACAGUAAGACUGAGAAGACAAGAACUACAGUGUGAAGAGAUUUUGCGCAAUAACGCUAAUCUCGUAGAGGAAUCUAAGGCCUCUGCUCGAACAGCAGCGAAAAGGAAGCUCUUGGUGCUGGGUGAAGCUGAAUUUGCCAUAGAGGAAGCCAAACUUGAACGCAAACGCCAGGCGCUCCAAGCCAAAAGGCGCAGAGCCGAGGAAACCCCAGUUCAGUGCAACUGUGUACACACUUCCGGAUGCCUUAAUUACAGCCUUGACCCUCUAAUGAAUUUUGUCCCGAAUAUUGAAGAUGAAGAAAUUGAGCCGGAAAUCUUUCUUCCUCAAACUGAUCAUUCUGAUCAUGAAUCUGAGCCUGAUGGCUACCUUUCUGGCCAGAGUGAAAGCGACUCUGGGAAUGAAAGUCAACAGGAGAGCGACACAGAGGAGACUGAUGAGGAGACUGAUGAGGAGACACAGGAAAUGACCAAGAAACAGGAGAAGGCAAGAGCACGAAAGAAGAGGUAUCUUAACAACAAGAAAAGCAAGAAGCAGAAACUGGAUGUAGACAAUCUGUCUAAGAAAUUUAAGGAAGAAUGCUCGACAGAUUCUGAAACAUCUGACUCAGAAUAA